CAGGACUUCUGGGGGGGGGAGUGUGCUCAGCCCCAGAUGUGACCCAGUGCCCAGGGGCCCAGACCAGGCCUGGAGCAGCUACGUGUGGGUGGGGGACGCACUCACAGGAACUCUCUUCCAGGGCUGUGUCAGGGCCUGUGGGACCAGCCGCUCGCGGGGACCCUCCCCAAACCCUCGAUCUGGGCUCAUCCUGGCCUCAUAGUCACUAAGGGGAGGCCUGUGACCAUCUGGUGUCAGGCGUCUCUGCGGGCUGACGGCUACUAUCUGUAUAAAGAGAGGGUCCCUGAGCCCUUCUGGGAGACCUCACCGGAUUCCAGCAACAAGGCCAGUUUCCCCUUUGCAUCCAUGAGUUCACACAGUGCAGGGCGAUACCAGUGUGUGUAUCACAGCAGGAACAGCUGGUCACAGCGGAGUGACUUCCUGCCCCUGGUGGUGACAGGAGUGUAUGGCGCACCUUCUCUCUCAGCCAACCCAGGCCCUGUGGUGGUCUUGGGAGGGACCGUGUCCCUGUCCUGUAGCUCACAGGUGAUAUGGGGGUCAUUGCAUCUGCUGAAGGAGGGGGGAGCUGAUACGCCCCAACACGUGGAAUUGACGUCCCAUCCUGAGACGUACCACGCACUCUUCCCUGUGGGCCCUGUGAACACCUCCCAUGCGGGGACCUACAGAUGCUAUGCUUCUCCCCAGUCAUACCCGUAUAUGUGGUCACAGCCCAGUGACCCUCUACACCUUCAGGUCACAGGUGUCUACAGGGAGCCCUCCCUCUCAGCCCAGCCGGGCUCCCUGGUGCAGUCUGGAGACAGCCUGACCCUCCAGUGUCGCUCAGAGACUGGCU